UCUGAACAUUUCAGGAAGCACUAUGAACAAGGUUGUUAUCUGUUGUCUUGUUGUAGCAUCUGUCACCGCUCAGUAUGACAAUAAGUAUGGCUAUGCACCUAGAAAAGUUGUGAAGGUCGUAGCUCCACCUACCUAUGGAUCACCUUCUCAUAAAGCCGACCCAGUUGCAAAACCCCAGCCUUACAAGUUUGGCUAUGAAAUCAAGACUGAAUACGGGGAUCGUCAGUGGCAGCAAGAACAAGGUGACGGGUACGGCAAUAAGCAAGGAUCUUAUGGUUAUUCAAACGCUUUAGGUAUCAGUCGCCAGGUGGACUACGUUGCUGAUGAGGGUGGAUUUCGAGCCAACAUUAAGACCAACGAGCCUGGUACGGCCAAUCAGAACCCUGCAGAUGUCAACAUCAAAUCAGAUGCUACCCCAGUGAAACAUGAUGCUCCCCCUAAAGGUUCUGCGCUACCAGCUCAUGGUUACUCGGUUCCUGCCCCUAAGGUCGUCAAAGUUGUUCAUCCUGUAGUCCACGCCGCUCCUGUUCCCAUCUAUGGAUAUGCUCAUCAUGGUCCUAAAAUCGUCAAGGCAGUUCAUCCUGUAGUCCACGCCGCUCCUGUUCCCACCUAUGGAUACACUCAUCAUGUUCCUAAAAUCGUCAAGGCAGUUCAUCCUGUAGUCCACGCCGCUCCUGGAUAUGCUCAUCAUGGUCCUAGAAUCGUCAAGGCUGUUCAUCCUGUAGCCUACAAUUUUCCCGUUCCACCUUAUGGCUACGCUCGUCCUCCUGCCUACGGCUACGCUGGUCCUUUCCCCCAUGACUAUGCUCGUCCUGCUGUGUAUGUAAAACGAGUAAAGACCACAUAUUAAAUUAAUCUACGUGCGACAUCUUUAACAUUUAACCAAAAAGAAAGUUUGGAGUAGAUCGAAUGCCUAUUAGAGAAGGUGCUUUUUUACUGCAUAAUGCCUAGCUAUA